AUGGAGAGAGACUCCAUGUUGGCUUUGCAGGACCCAGGGUCUCUGCUCCCUCUCCCUCACACCCUGGAGCAAAGCCAGAAGACAUGCCUCCACCUCCACGGCGUGUUCCCGUACAUCUACGUGCCGUACGACGGCCUGGGCCAGCAGCCGGAGCGCCACAUGAGGCAGGUGGCCUUCAGCAUCGACAGAGCCCUCAACGUUGCCAUGGGCAACCCCACCUCCAGCAGCCAGCAUGUCUUCAAGGUGGUGCUGGUCUCUGGCAUGCCUUUAUAUGGCUACCAUGCCAAAGAGAAGCACUUCAUGAAGAUCUAUCUUUACAAUCCUCAGAUGGUGAAAAGGGUGUGUGAGUUGCUGCAAAGCGGAGCCGUGAUGAACAAGUGCUACCAGCCCCACGAGGGCCACAUCCCCUACCUGCUGCAGCUCUUCAUCGACUACAACCUGUACGGCAUGAACCUCCUGAACCUGGGGGCCGUCAAGUUCCGCCGGAGCCAUGUCAAAGUCCUGGAUGAGGUGGAGAGACAGAGCACGUGCGAGCUGGAAGUGGACGCAGUAGCUGUAGACAUCCUCAACCGUCUUGAUAUCGAAAAUCAGAUCGGCAUGAAUCCAGGCCUACAGGCCAUCUGGGAGGAUGAGAAGCAGAGGAGGAGAGAGCAGAACCAGACCUCCCAGAUAGAAACUGCAGAAUCACAAGAUCGUGGUUCCGUCACUCUAACAGAGAGCGAGAAAGUCUUCACAAAGAGGCUGAAGGACAUUCUGAAGGAAAACAAAUUUGAUGUUACACAAGAAUCAUCAGUGGAUGAGGAUGAAGGGGAUUUUCCAGGAGAACUUACCCUGCAUCCUGACCCCCUGACCCCCGCCAACGCAGUGGAUGCUCACAGGGACUCACAGACCGACUCUGUAAGGAACGGUGAAGAAGUCCUAGAGGAGGCUGUUGUUGAUGAGGAGGCCAUCCUGAGCCUUCUGGAGAACAGUCAGACCUUUGUCCCGCCGUCUCAGACAUCCACCCAUUCAGCCCUGUUAGACAGCAGCCAAGACCACUCCAUCGUGGAUUUGUUGGCAGGCCUGGUGGACGAUGGAUUCCACCGGACCGCCGUGAGCCAGACCUCCCGGUCACACUCGCCUCAUGGUGCCAGAAGCUACCACUGUAACAGUGAUGAGGAAGAGGAGGGGCCAGAACUAGAGCGGGAGGAGGCAGAAAUCAGCAGGAUCAUGUCUCAGCAGUGGGACGCCGCGCCUCUGGAGGUUUCUCCCUCACCAAGGCAGGUGCCUGGGGAGAAGGAAGCAGAGGAAGGCUUUAGUGACGAGCAGCAGGAAUCAUCUGAUGAAGACAUGGAGUGGAGCGGGAAUAACUCUCUGUUUGCCAACCUGUCCAUCCCCCAGCUGGACGGGGCAGCAGAUGAGAGCAGCGAUUCCUCUUUAACAGACAGCGGCUCUAUGUCCCAGUCCUCAGUCAUUAUCACAGAAAAGUUGUUGGGGAAUACUAACCCCUACACUGGAGAGACGGUCAACUUGGAGCCCCCUUCUUCAGCUGAGAUCCUUUUAGAGUGCAAGCACUCUGAGCAUCGAUCAGUUCACGUUCUGGACACAGAGCCGCCACUUGAGAAGCACUUUCAACUAAAAAACAGCAUGGACAGCAGUACUGAAUGUUCAGCAGGGUUCAAGGUUAAUAAAGAAAUCCCCUACAUCCUACCAGUAAAACACCCCAUUUCUUGUAAAAUGGCCAGUUCCCCUGAAGUUUCUGCCACCUGCAUGGACAAAGAGGACAUACAACCCCUGUACAGUAUGGACAAGAAAACUUCAAUCCUCUCAAACAAGAUGGAUCUUGAGGAUUUCCCGUUUGGUAAAGCAAAGGUCACCAAGAACGGGAAGAAGUACGGCAGCAUGAAGAAUGUAGAAACAAACUGUCUGUCGAUUCUUCAGAACAACAGGACCUUCUCCCUUUGUUACUCCGAGCUGAGAAGCUGCUCGGCUAAGUCAGAGGUGGAAGUGAACAUAAAGGAGAGAAAGAGCCCCGUCCUGAGGGACAUCACGUCAGCCUCUUCACCUCUGAGGGACGUUGAGUUUCUUCAUCCACAGGAGGAAGAAAUUGGCCGGGAAAGUGAGGAGGGAGAUGUCGGCGAGCUCAAAAUCAGGUACGAGGAUUAUCAGGAAAACAAGAUGGAGAGGACUAUUGGGGCUCAGCAGGAAGCACAUUACAAGUUCUUUCCCAGCGUCAUUCUCUCCAACUGCCUCAAUAGGAAGAAAAGCGGAAACAAAAAGGUGGCCGAUACAAGCAGCAAGAUAGAGAUGUCCCCGUCUCGCAAGUCUAAACUAAAACUGACCAAGAAAAAGUUAGGGAUGACAGGACAAAGGAACCGAGCAGACAUGGUCCAAAGUUCUACCUCCGAUAGUCUGGCAAAUACUGGCCUUGCCUCAGACAUGCCUGCUUGUUCUAUGGCUGCAGAUUCAGAGGCACCAGACUCCAAGGAGGAAGCACUACAAGAAAGUGUGCCAGUAAGAGAUGAGCCAACCCUAGAAGUAGAGCCAAUGGCAGUAGAAGAGCCAGAAGGUGAAGAGAGAAUUUUAAAUGAACAGCCAGAGCCAGAGCCAGAGCCGGUCGUCCCCAGCACUACCGUUCCCUCUUUUUCUGAGAAAGCCAAAGACUCUACCGGGGGCAGACCGAGCCCAGUACAGGACGAGCCCGCCGAAGUUACCUGCACUAAACCGUCAGCACUGCCUGGAAGCAAAUACACCCUGAGGGCCAAACGCAAGAUGACCUACGACGGGGAGGAUGGAGAACACUCAGGUCCCACUCGUUCCAAAAACCCGUCUGCCGUCAAAGAAAAACUCAAAGACGGCAGCGUCUCCGGCGGGCACGAGUCCAAAUACCAGAAGAGACGCAAGAAAGAACCUCCUGUCAUUAUAAAGUAUAUUAUUAUCAACAGGUUCAAAGGACAGAAGAACAUGUUGGUGAAGAUGUCCAAAGUGAACGCAGAAGAGAAUCUGGUGGUGUUAACUCCAGACAAGCUGGAGCAGUACAACAAACUGGCUCCUCUCAAAGAUUUCUGGCCCAAAGUGCCAGAGUCUACUGCUAUGAAAUUUCCUGUCUCCGGACCCAAAGCCAAAAAGCACAUUAAAAAAAAGGCAAAGGUCAGCAGCGCAAAUAAGAAAGCGGUGAGCAGCGACUCAAAACCUGGAAUGGGACAGGGCGAGCGGGUCAAGAGUACAAAAGGUAAUCGAAGAGGCCGUAGCCGGUCCUCUUUACCACCUCCUCAGCCGUGUUACAGCGGACUAGCACACGACCACGACACCGAGUACGCAGAUGUAAUGGUAGAACUGGGGUAUCUCUCGGAUCGAUCCCCAAGCCCCCCGCGAUCGACUCCUCCACGCUGUUGGUCCCCGAGCGACAGUCCAGAGCAGCAGGUCGAUCCUCCCAGUGAGCCUCUUCCUGGCCAGGCACCGCAAAAGCCAAUCACAGACUCUCAAACUAAAGCCGACCGAUGCAAGCGACGCUCCAAUAAAGCCGAGAAGUCCAGCAAUACUAAAAAGCCUGCCGCACAGCCUCAAGAGGCAGAGGAGCCCAGAAAAGAGAAAUCAAAAAGGGCAAGUAAAGCUCCGAGUACAGCCAUAAGACCAAGAAAGUCUCGUAAAAAAACAAUUUGCUGUGCCAAAUUAAGCCAUGAUUUAAGUACAGACGUCUCGCAGCUCCCACCUCCGUUAGAGGGCCCCCCUCCAGAGUCUCCCCCAUCUCAGCAGCCAGCGGCCACGGGGAGCCAGCCCCAGACCACAUCCACACCAAACCCAGACCCCCGAGUCCAGUUUACAGCACCAAAGGCGGAGGACUGCGAGACCUCCAUCAUGGAGGUUAACCAAAGCACUUCAGCACCAGCCGAGACAAAGCAACGAGGUUGCCAGACCACUGUGAUAAAGGAAGAGGCUCCCCAGCAGCGGGGCAAGGCCCCCCCGCCCGGAGCUGCUGCUCAGCCCUCUCUGGAGCACAGUCCAGACGUCCAGCCGGAAAAGGCCUCUCCACACUCAGGUCCCUCCACCGGGGGGAUGCCUUCUCUCCCGGACAGCUCCUCUGGCCUGGCCGUCCUCAAGCAGCUCCUCCAGAGGAGGCAACAGGAGCAGGCCCUCCCCGUCCAGCCAGUGGGCACAGAGAGCCACGCCGCCAUUGCCCAGGCAGCCGCGCUGCUAAGCCACACCCCUAAAACCGGCAAACCCAAAAGAGGCCCUUCCACCAACGCCCAAAAAGCCAGGGCCCCCAGGUCUGCUUCUCCAAAAGGCAAAAAGGCCAGAAGCAAAAAGGGCAAAGCGGGCAGCACUCAGCCAGACGUGUUGGUCAAACAUGAAGGCAGCCUGCCGGAGGACUGCCCCCUCCUGCUGCCGGACGCUGGGCUAAACAGCUGCAACUUCAUAGAGGACAGCCUGUCGCCAGAGCUCCCGCACAGCUACAGCUUUGAUAUAAACACCAUCCAUCACGCGGACUUCUCCAGUCCAUACAGCAGCAGCCAGUUUGUCCUGACCGAUAAACAUCUACCCCUCAAGUUCCUCAGCGACAUCAGUCAGGAAGCUCCCUCUGCUCAGGCUCUGCCUCCUGAGGAACCUCCCCAGAAGCAAACGGUCAGUGAGGUUCCCUCUCAGAAAUUCUGUGAGGUGUACAAAGCCCGGCCCGCCAGUCCAGACCUGUUCGACAGAUCUGAGAACGGGGAGUCCGCCUCAAACGGUCAAGCCUUUCUCAGCUCGGAGAAAAUCCAGAGCCCAGACUGGGAGCCCCCGUUCAGCAAAGCCCACAUCCUCAGCCCCUUUCAGGACUUCCACUGUGAGAAAAAGGAGCUGUUUCUCUCCGCCCUGGACCCCCUGCUGCCACUGCCCUUGAGCUCGGCGUCCUUCGUCUACCACCAGGGUUCGCCCACCAGCGAGCUGCUGGACGGCCUGGACGGGUUCGCCUCCCCCACGCCCAGCAGCUCCCCGCGCUCCAUCAGCUCCCUGUCGCAGGUGAGGAGCAGCCAGCAGCCGCGGGGCGCGCACGUCCUCAAGCCCCUCAUGUCCCCCCCGAGCCGGGAGGAGAUCCUCAGCACGCUGCUGGACCUGGAGCUGCCGGAGGCGGCUUUCCAGGAGCCCUUCUGCAGCGACCCCGCCGACGCCCCGCCCAGGCCAGUGGAGGUCGGGGGCCAGAAGCUAACGGUGAGCAGCAGGUCGAUUCAGGAGCUCGCUGAAUUCAGCGGAGACCUGUCGGUGGAGGGCCUCGGUUUCUGGAAGACUGCCUUCUCCGCCAUGACACACCCCUUCUCCACCACUAUUACCUCAUCACCCCAGGGGGCCGGAGCCACCGGGACCCCCGACCCAGCCAGCGACAAAAAGGUCGUCCUCCUGCCCUGCAAAAACCCGCCGGGCCAGGAGUGUGUGCAGCUGUGGCUGGAGGCCAGGAAACAAUACGAGAGCCUGCAGAAAGGGAGGAGAGCAGCCCAGAGGGAGGGGCCUGACGGGGAGGAGGGAAGCCCGGAGAGAGCCGAGCACCCAGAGGAGACGGGGGAGAGCCCCUCCAGUAGCAGGGCUCAGAGGAGAAAGAAACUGGAGCUGUCCUUAAUCCUGUCUCCUCUGGUGGAGUCAGGCAGGCAGAGUCAGUCCCCGGGGGGGAGCCCGCUCUCAGAGGAGGGCGGGGCGGCCCUUAAAGACACACACACAGCGAACCAGGACGAGGGUGAAGCCGCCACCCCCUCACCAGAGUCCCCGGAGCUGCCUCCAUGGCAGCAGUCCCACCAGUGGAGCCCGUCAGAACCAGACCUCAGUGAAAGCAAGCCAAGUAAAACCUCACCAGAAGCAGCGUCCCCCAGGCCCUGUGACUCCCAGGAGAGAGGAGGAGGGAACCGCACUCCCUCUCCCGGAAAGGACAGGACCAGUCCAGACCUCCUGACCAGCACCCCCUUUAUAAGGAAAGCCCAGAGGAGCAGCAAAGACCUGGAGCCAGUAUGCAGCACGCCCAUCUGUGAGGCAGACGACUCAGCUUCUCAGAGACUCCAGCAGAGGAGACGGCACCAGGCGGAUCCACUGAGAAGGGUGUUACUGACCACACAGAUGAAGAAUCAGUUUUCUACUUUGAAUGUGCCAAAGAAAGACCAUUCACAGAUUGAAGGGCCAAGCAUAGCCAACUCCUACGGCUUUAAAGUCAGCAUGCAGAAUCUGCAGGAUGCCAAAGCUCUGCACGAGGUCCAGUACCUCACCGUGAUGGGAAUGGAACUCCAUGCAAGAACACGCCGUGACCUGGAGCCCGACCCAGAGUUCGACCCAAUAUGUGCCUUAUUCUACAGCUUCAGCUCGGAUGCCCCCCUGCUCCAGGUGGAGGGCAGGCAGCUGACAGGAGCCAUUGUGGUGGACAAAGACCAUCAGAACCGGGACCAAGGUCACAGAGAGGCUCAGUUGCUUCUGGUCAGGUCCGGCAUCUCUGGGCUGAAAGUGACCUAUGCCAGCGAGGAGAAGAUGCUGUUUCAGGAGCUGAUCACCAUCGUGAGGAGGUUUGACCCGGACAUCCUGGUGGGCUACGAGGUGCAGAUGCAUUCGUGGGGCUACCUCCUGCAGCGGGCCGCAGCGCUGGGGCGAAUCAAAGUGAUAGCCUCAGCCUCUCCUCCUCUGUGUGGCUCUCACGCGUCCUCAGGCGACUCCGUGGAGAACCGCUUCGGCGCGGAGAAGGACGAGUACGGCGCCGACACCAUGACCGAGAUCCACAUCAUCGGACGCAUCACCCUCAACCUGUGGAGGGUGGCGUUAAACAACUACAGCUUUGAGAACGUGGCCUUCCACGUGCUGCACCAGCGCUUCCCCCUCCACAGCCCCCGCACGCUGUCCGACUGGUUCGACCACAACACAGACUUAUACAGGUGGAAGAUGGUGGACUACUACAUGAGUCAUGUGUGUGGAACCAUGAAGCUCCUGCAGCAGCAGGACAUCAUCGGCAGAACCAGCGAGCUGGCCAGGGUGUUUGGGAUUCAGUUCUUCCAUUACCGUGUGGAGUCCAUGAUGCUCCGUGUGGCCAAACCCCUGAACUACAUCCCUGUGACGCCCAGCAUGCAGCAGCGCGCCCAGCAGAGGGCGCCGCAGUGCAUCCCCUUAGUCAUGGAGCCCGAGUCCCGCUUUUACAGCAACUCUGUGGUGGUCCUGGACUUCCAGUCGCUCUAUCCCUCCAUCGUCAUCGCGUACAACUACUGCUACUCCACCUGCCUGGGCCACGUGGACAGCCUGGGAACGCCGGAUGAGUUUAAGUUUGGCUGCACCUCUCUCAGGGUUCCACCGGAGCUCCUCUACCAGCUGAGGAAUGACAUCACUGUGUCUCCCGCCGGCAUCGCCUUUGUGAAGGAGAUCCUCAACACCAGAUUAAUGGUGAAGCAGUCAAUGAAGAGCCACAAGCAGGACAAAGCCCUGAUGAGGCUGCUGCACGCCCGGCAGCUCGGACUCAAGCUCAUCGCCAACGUCACCUUCGGCUACACGGCCGCCAACUACUCUGGACGCAUGCCCAGUGUGGAGGUGGGAGACAGCAUCGUGCACAAAGCCAGAGAGACCCUGGAGAGAGCCAUCAAGCUGGUUAAUGACACUAAGAAAUGGGGAGCGCGAGUAGUGUAUGGAGACACCGACAGCAUGUUCGUUCUGCUGAAGGGCGCCACUAAAGAGCAGGCCUUCAGGAUCGGCAGCGAGAUCGCCGAGGCGGUGACCGCCACCAACCCCAAGCCGGUCAAGCUCAAGUUCGAGAAGGUGUACCUGCCCUGUGUGCUGCAGACUAAGAAGCGCUAUGUGGGCUACAUGUACGAAAGCCUGGACCAGGUGGAGCCUGCGUUUGACGCCAAAGGAAUAGAGACGACUGGACGAGACACACGGAGACCCGGCGGGUCGAGUCCUAGCACCACAGAAAACACCUGGAUGGACGAACACCGAGAUGGGACGAGGGAGGGAGGGGGGGAUGAUUAG